AUGAGUGGUGGCGAUUUGAAAGGAGUUGAGAAAGAGUCGCAACCAACCGAUGAGAAGAGUGAACCGAUGUGUGCUAACAACCACUGGUCUUGUGGCACUGAGUUGUCUAAAUGCCACACAGUCUGGUUCAAUAAACAAUGGUUAAUGGAGUUGGUGCUUAAGAGCUUGCUAGUCUUUUUCACUCUAUUGUCAUAUUUAAACCCAUUAACAAAUUGUUUCAUUCCUCUUCUUGACCAUAUACUUCUGGACGAUGUUUUGGGACCAAUUUAG